AAAAGCACAGAAGUUAAAUGUCCCCAGGCUAUCAGCCAUUUACAGGCAUAAAGGAGGAGUGUCCAUUUCUUUGCUUUAGCUCUUAGUUUUUCAGUUUGCUGGAGCCAGAUUUUCCAGUACUUUCCUCCAACGGAACAAGUCUACGUUAUGGCUUCUGGUGUGGCUAUAAGUGAUGAGGUGGUCUUAGCCUAUAACCAAAUUAAAAUCCGCCGUCAGGGCGAUGAUGAAAAGGAAAGGUACAAAUUAGUUAUGUUCUGCAUAAGUGAAAAUGGAAAGAACAUCGUCAUCAAUCACGAUUUAUCACUAAAAAACAAACAUAUUGAAAAUGAAGAAAAUGUCUUCAAAAAGAUUGCCAGCAUGAUACCAUUAAAGGACUGUUGCUACGGCUUAUAUGACUGCAACUAUGCUACCACAGAAAGCCAGAAGCAGACGCUGAUCUUCAUCAUGAGUGCUCCAGACAAUGCACCCUUAAAAAAGAAAAUGCUCUACGCAAGCUCCAAGGCAGCUUUGAAGCAGAAAUUAGAAGGAGUGAGCACUGAAUGGCAGGUGAAUGACUGCUCAGACAUGGAAAUGGCAGUUCUUGUGGAUAAGCUUUCUGGAACUAAAGAAAAGGUUAUUUCUCUAGAGGGAAAAAAGGUGUAAUGGCACAGAGCAGAAAACCAAGUCCCCGUAAACUUUAUAUUGAACCAUCUUUACAGAUAUAGUUAUUUGUUCAAUAUAAAUGCUUUUUAGUAUAAAGGCACUAUAUUGUUUAUAGACAUGGUGUAAUUGUUUUCCACACAGUACGUGUUACAUAAGUCAGAAGAUCUUUCUGUUUUUAAACCCUUCAUAAACCCUACAUCUAACUGAUUGCAUCCUUUUUAAACUACGUAAAUUGACAACUGUUGAAUUAAAGAUUUCUUGAUUUUGAACACUGUACAGCAACAAUUUAAAGAUCUUAAAAUAAAAAGUUAUUGGAAUUCCAUCCUGAAUGAUAAUAAAUUAGUUAUUUUAACAUUGCAGCGGGAAUGCAGAGAGAAUGUGAAAACUUUAAGCAGAUACUGAAUAUAACAUUAAAGAUCAUUAAAGAUUGUUUGGAAUUCCA